AUGGACCAAAGCAAUUAUAGUUCUUUACAUGGUUUUAUUCUGCUUGGCUUCUCUGACCAUCCAAAAAUGGAGAUGAUCCUGUCAGGAGUUGUCGCCAUCUUCUACUUAAUUACAUUGGUGGGUAACACAGUCAUCAUUCUUGCAUCUCUCCUGGAUUCCCAGCUUCAUACACCAAUGUACUUUUUCCUCAGAAAUUUAUCUUUCCUAGAUCUAUGUUUCACAACCAGCAUCAUCCCUCAGAUGCUGGUCAACUUGUGGGGACCUGAUAAGACCAUCAGCUAUGUGGGUUGUAUCAUCCAACUCUAUGUUUACAUGUGGUUGGGCUCAGUUGAGUGCCUUCUCCUGGCUGUUAUGUCCUAUGAUCGUUUUACAGCUAUAUGUAAGCCCUUGCAUUAUUUUGUAGUCAUGAACCCACAUCUAUGUCUAAAGAUGAUUAUCAUGAUGUGGAGUAUUAGUUUGGCCAAUUCUGUAGUAUUAUGUACACUCACUCUGAAUUUGCCCACAUGUGGAAACAAGCUUCUGGAUCAUUUCUUGUGUGAGUUGCCAGCUCUGGUCAAGAUAGCUUGUGUAGACACCACAACAGUUGAAAUGUCUGUUUUCGCUUUAGGCAUUAUAAUUGUCCUCACACCUCUCAUCCUUAUUCUUAUAUCCUAUGGCUACAUUGCCAAAGCUGUGCUGAGAAUGAAGUCAAAAGCAAGCCAGCGAAAAGCAAUGAAUACCUGUGGAUCUCAUCUUACUGUAGUGUCUAUAUUCUAUGGAACUAUUAUCUACAUGUACCUGCAACCAGGUAACAGGGCUUCCAAAGACCAGGGCAAGUUCCUCACCCUCUUUUACACCAUCAUCACUCCAAGUCUCAACCCGCUCAUUUACACCUUAAGAAAUAAGGACAUGAAGGAUGCCCUGAAGAAACUGAUGAGAUUUCACCACAAAUCUACAAAAAUAAAGAGGAAUUGCAAGUCAUAG